AUGGUGACUCGCGGCUUCAAGGACGUGCAGCGUGGCUCCAAGCCAAAGGGAUUCGGAUCUUCUGCGCCGCGAUUCGUUGCAAAGGCUUCGGAAGUGCCAGGACCCGGCUCUUACAAAUUGCCGAGGCUCUUCGAUGCUCCAAGCCGUGUGAUGAAACGGACGCAAAAGCUGCCAGCUUACUUCGAGGAGCCCGGCGACAACAUCGAGCUGGCCCCGUUGCAAAAGGUCAUCACCGAGGACGGCCCGGACAACACGGACUGGGAGGAUGUCCAGGACACAACGGAGGAGUGGCUCGUCCAGAGCUACACCACGCCCGUGCCAAUCCUCUCGGACGAUCAGAUGGCAGAGAUCGACGAGAUCGUUGGAUGGAUCAUGGGAGGAACUCCAAUAGUUCUUAGCAUCUGUUUCUUUCAUGAAAUUACUUUAUCAAAACGCUGUCUCAAGCUGACACUUUCCCACAGAGAAGCCUUAUGCAGAUGA